AUUAGUUGAGUUACGAGUUCAGUUCUUCGUAAAAAGAGAGUAACAAAGUAACAAAUCACAAGUUAAUCUAACUAACUAGUAAAAGUAUUUCCUUACACAAAAAGCAACAACAAUAAAACACAUUCUAAAUGAUAAUAUUCCAAAGUAUUUACACAUGUUAAAGUGAACAUUAAAACAGCUUUGGGCCAAAGUUUUAUUUUCCACAAAGAAAGAAACAAGCAGACAUAACAACAAGAACGAAAGAAUACUAAUUACAGCUUUACCUAAUUUAUUCUCCAACUAAACCUACUGAACCCAGGACUUGGAAAAAAAACACACAUAACGAAUUUAAACCAUCGUCACACUAAAUAGAAAAAGAAUAACUAUGGAUUUUACAGAAUAUCGUCAAAGGGGCAAAGAAAUGGUCGAUUAUAUAGCUGACUAUUUGGAAAAUAUACGUGAUCGCAGAGUUUUUCCCGAUGUUAAACCGGGUUACAUGAAAAACCUCCUACCCGAUUCAGCACCGCUCGAAGGUGAACAAUGGAAUGCGAUAUUCGGAGAUGUGGAACGUGUUAUUAUGCCCGGCAUUACCCAUUGGCAAAGUCCUCAUAUGCAUGCCUACUUUCCAGCUCUUAAUUCAUUUCCUUCACUAUUGGGUGAUAUGUUAGCCGAUGCUAUUAAUUGUCUGGGAUUCACUUGGGCCAGUUCACCGGCUUGUACUGAAUUAGAAAUUAUAGUUAUGAAUUGGUUAGGUAAAAUGAUUAAUCUACCAGAUGAUUUUCUACAUUUGAGUAGCGCCAGUCGUGGAGGUGGUGUGGUGCAAACUACUGCCAGUGAGGCUACACUGGUUUGUCUGUUGGCCGGGAGGACUAAAGCUAUUCAGCGUUUUCAUGAAAAGCGUCCUGGCUAUCAGGAUGCUGAGAUAAAUGCUCGUUUGGUGGCCUAUUGCUCGGAUCAGGCUCAUUCGAGUGUGGAGAAGGCGGCUUUAAUAGGUUUGGUCCGUAUGCGUUAUAUCGAGGCUGAUGAAAACUUAUCUAUGCGUGGCCAACUUUUAAGAGAAGCCAUUGAAGAUGAUAUACGUCAGGGUCUAGUACCUUUUUGGGUUUGUGCUACUUUGGGCACAACUGGUUCCUGUUCUUUUGAUAAUUUAGAAGAAAUUGGCAUUGUUUGCCGUGAAUUUAAUUUGUGGCUGCAUGUUGAUGCUGCCUAUGCUGGCAGUGCUUUUAUAUGUCCAGAAUUUCGCACGUGGCUUAAGGGUAUUGAGCGUGCCGAUUCAAUUGCUUUUAAUCCUUCCAAAUGGCUAAUGAUACAUUUUGAUGCCACAGCUUUGUGGGUCAAAGACAGUACGGCUGUUCAUCGUACUUUCAAUGUGGAGCCUUUAUAUUUGCAACAUGAAAAUUCGGGUGUUGCUGUUGACUUUAUGCAUUGGCAGAUACCAUUGAGUCGUCGUUUUAGAGCUUUGAAAAUUUGGUUUGUUUUACGUUCCUUUGGCAUUAAGGGUCUUCAACGUCAUAUACGUGAGGGAGUACGUUUGGCACAAAAAUUCGAAGCUUUAGUAUUGGCCGAUCAUCGUUUUGAAAUUCCUGCAAAAAGGCAUUUGGGUCUGGUGGUUUUUCGUAUAAAAGGCGAAAAUGAAAUAACAGAACGUUUACUUAAACGUCUUAAUCAUCGAGGCAAUUUACAUUGUAUACCUUCCUCGCUAAAGGGUAAAUAUGUCAUACGUUUUACAGUGACUUCCACGCGUACCUCUGUAGAUGAUAUUUUAAAAGAUUGGAUGGAAAUAAAGAAUUCAGCUACCGCCAUUUUAGAGGAAAUGAAUAUAACCAUAUCCAAUCGUGUAUAUUUAAAAGAUACCAAAGAAAAAUGUGAGGGUUUUGGUUCUAGCUUAUUACUGUCCAAUUCACCACUAUCGCCUAAAAUUGUAAAUGGUUCUUUUGCGGCCCUAUUUGAUGCCGAUGAGUUUUUGGCCAAAACUUAUGCCGGUAUUCGAAUUGCACAUCAAGAAUCCCCUUCAAUGCGUCGUCGUGUUCGUGGUAUUUUAAUGUCGGGUAAACAAUUUUCUUUGGAUUCUCAUAUGGAUGUGGUGGUACAGACAUCUAUGAAUUCCCACACCACCAACUCGAGAAUGGUCGAUUGUUAUGGCAAGACCUCAACUAGUGCUAAGAACGAAGAACGUGAUUCUAUAUGUGAAGAUGAAGAAAGUGUGGAAGAUUGUGAAAUGAAUUGGUUACUGAACACAGCUCUCCAAUUAAAUCCCAAAAAUUACUUAGCAGUAUUAAACAAACAUCAACAACUAACACCAGUCGACAUCAUUCAUCACCAGAAUAACUUAUCACUAUUUACAAAAUAUGCAAAAAGAUAUGAAGUAAAUAAUUUUACAAAAUCAGUGAAUAGUGUAAGAACUCCUUUAACCCAAUAUCAGCUAUAUACCCUUCCUAGACGACCACCGCCAUUUAAUGCCGACAUAAGCAACGAUUUAAGUGAAAAACAAACGGAUUUAACAAAUCUAUAUCCUGGGAAACGUUAUUUAAAUUUGGAUUUAACUCUGCACAAUGAUUCGAUAUUUACCGAUACAAUAUUUAACCUGCCAACUCCAACGGAAGAUCUUAUACCCAUAAUAAUAACAGCAGAUACACCAACAUCCUCUACGAAUAGUAUACCAGAAAUUGAAGAUUUAAAUAAACUACAUCCACCGAACAGUAGUUUUGCAGCAAGCUUAGAUGCUGAUAAUGAUGUUGAGGAUUUAAAGAAGCUUUUACCUUCCACUUCAAUAUUAAUACCAAUUGAAGAAACAGCUGAGGAAACAAAAGAUUUUGAAGAAAGUCUAACGUCCACUAAAAAUACUAUAGAAAAAGAAGAUUUGACCAAAAAUCAAACAGCAAACUCAUGUUUAUUUAGCAAUUUAUUGUCUUCUGAGGAAAAUCAAGAUGAAAUAGCAGAUUUAACUUCUACAAAUAUGAAUCCUUUUUUAAUGCAAACAUAUCCUACUAUAGUUAAAAAUUCUUUACAUGAUCAAGAGUCAAAAUGUUCGACCGUAGAAGAAGAUUCUUUAGUUUUCAAAGCAUCUAAUACAGAAACCAAUAUUCAACAGCCAAUAUCUUUAAAUAAAGCUGAGGAUUCAAAAAUGACCAAGGAUAUAAAUAAAGACGAUAAUCCUUCUUGUUCUAAAGAGGCAAAUGAAAAGAUCUUUACAAAACAUCCAAAAGAUGCAACUAAAAGAGAUGAUUCUCCCGAUUUUAAAGAGUUAAAUAGUGAAACCAAUAUAAAACCUUUAAAAUAUUUUUCGAAUGAGAAAGUUUCUCCAGUUUUUGGCCAACUAAGAAAUGAAAUAAUUUAUGAUCCAUCAAAAUCCGAUUCUUAUUCUCAAGAUCCCUUGAAUUUUAAAGAAUUGAACUCUAAACUUAAUAUUCAGUCUUCAAAAUCAUCUAGUAUAACAGAAAAUUCCCUAGGUUUUCAGGAUUUAAAUAUCAGUUUAAACCAAUCGAUGGAUUUCUUAAUUGAUUCUGCAAAAUCUUCCUUGGUUUUUAAAGAUUCUACAGAUUUAGAAGAAUCAUAUCCUGGAACUUCAAAAUCAUUCAGUUUUACAGAAUGUACUUCUGAAUUAAACAAGAAUUUAAAGCAAUCAAUGGAUCCGUCGUUUAUUGAAGAUAUAAGUAACGAAAGUGUUAAUCUACAAGCAAGUAAUUCCAAUCCUAUCAAAGAUUCUUCACUUUUAUCAUCUAAAUCUUUGGACUUUAAACAAUUUACUAAACCAUCAAACUUUUAUAGUGAUAUAAAGAAAACUUCAAUGUCCAACGAAAGUGAUAAACAAACUCCAAUAUCUUUUGCUUUAAUUAAAGGAUCAAAAGGUUCUAAAGAAAGUGGCAACAAUAUUCAAACAUCAACUUAUACAGACGUAAAGGAAGAUCUUUCAGUUUGUAAGGAAGUAGGUAAUGAAAGCAAAAUGCAGACUUUAAAAACAACUUUGAUUUUGGAAAGCUGUACAGAUUUAGAAGAAUUACCCAAUGAAAGCAAUAACCCAAAGGCAAAAUGUUCAUUACAGUCAGACAAUUUUUCAAACUACAAAACCUUUAAUAAAGAAUUUACCACGGAACCUGCAACAUCAUCUACCAAAGCAUUCAAUAGUAAAAGCAAUAUUCCUCAAACUUCAACAAAUGAAGACAUUGUCCUCUUUAAACCCUUAACCAAAGAUAAUAGUAUACAAUCUCUGAAAUCUUCUAGUCCUAUAGAAGACUUUUCAGAUUUUAAAGAUUGUGAAAGUUCUUAUCAAUCCUCAAAAUCUUCUUCUGCUCUAGAAGCUGCAACAGUUUUCAAAGAAUUAAAUAAAGAUGAAAGGCAUAAACAAAUAAAAAUAUUAAAUAGAAAAUCUAAAGAUGAUUCAUCAUCAUCGUCAGAUGAAUUUUUACAAUCAGCACGUCAGCCAUCGAAUGAUUCUGAAAGUUCAUCUAGCGAGUCGUCAUCUUUGGAAUUGAUGUGAUUGAAAAUUCUAAGGAUAAUGGAUAAAUUACAAUUAUCCUUAUCCAGACUGCUGUGCUAGCAAUAAUAUUAGUUUAAACCAAAACUAACUAUAUACAUGAAUAUAUGUAUAUAUAAAUGUUUUAAUUAUAAUAAUAAAACAAACUAUUUAACUUAUACCCCAAAUCAGCUUUGUAACUAUAAAUUAUUGUUGUGUUUCUAAAAAUUAAUAAAUACUAUUAUAAACUAAAAUGCUUAAAUAGUAUAGAAUAUAAGUUUUAAAAGUGUGCUGUUAUUAUGAUCAUUUUAAAAAGCAUUUCAAUUACUUAUAUGUAUAUGUGUGUGUGUACUAUAUGUAUAUCAGAAAACUGUACUAUUUAAUAUAUUUAACUAAUAAAUGUAUAUGUA